ACCGCUGACAGGAAAUCUUUACGCUCCCAGGCAUCUCAGCUGAACACCCACAUUUGCUUUUCUACCACUCGCACCUUCAACAACCGUCAACAUGCCUCCAACCCCCGCGGAGGCUCUCAACACGAGUCUCAGCAGGAAUCUCAGCGGUAGAGGAGACCCCGUCACGGACCCCGUCACGGACAAAUGCCUGGACCGCUGCAUUAACCGCGCAGCACGGAAACAAAUGCCACCGGACCAACAUCGCCGACUGCUAUCUCUGCUGUGCUUGAUGCAGCUGAGCAUCCAAUGGUGGUUGGCCAAAAGGGCGGACGACCUCAAACAGGUACCUCUCGCCGUCGCGAGAGAGCAUCUCAAGGCAGAGCACGAGGCGUUCGCUCGUGAGAGUGAGCUUUUGGACGCUCAAAGGAAGCAGAUAGAUUCCGAGAAGCAGAUGCUAGCCCGCGCGAAGAGCUUCCUGGAUCGUGAAAGACAAGCGUUGGCCGCCGAGAAGAGGAAGUUAUUUGUAGAGCGGCAGCACUUGGAAGCAGAGAAGAAGAUGGUCAGGGCCAGGCACGAGGCUCUUGUCCAGGCCUCUGUGCCAAUUCUGGAACAGGAAGAGCGGAUGACUAUUAUUCCUCAAGAGACAGGAAGCCUUGGAGGAAAACCCCAACACAGUAACAGCGAGAAGACUUUGACUACACCCACCAGCCGCAAACGAACCCUCUCCAACGCCAACCUCGACGAGGACUUCUCACUACCACCCGAACGGCAAUCCCCACGCCAUAGGAUCGAAACCCAAGUUACCCAACCAACGCCAGCUCCGGCCUCAGGUCCAACAAGAGUCACAGUCUCGCCCCUAGAAGCCGGCAUCCGCACUACCAUUGCGGUGCUCAACCUGCACAUUCACGCUAUCCCAAAUCCACUCCAAAAGCUUGACAUCAACGUCUCACCCGCAAUUAUGGCAGCAGUCAUAGAUGGGCUCUUCCGUGUACAAGACCAAAGCAAGCUGGAGAGCUGGCGCAGCUUCGAAAGAGCAGGUAAUCCAGGCCAGUGGUACUGCUGGUUCGGUCUCAUCAACCACGGCGACCGACAUACUUCAGUUGCGGAUGGAAAGUGUGUUUGCAAACACGUGCGUACUCCUGGGUUGCUGAGGAAUCAUUAUCCUAGGUGUAUACUGGUGAGGAGGAAUGGAGGGACGGGGCUGUGCUCGUUUGUUUGGAGGGAGCUGCUGGAGCAGGAAGAGAGAGAGAGGACUAGCGGCGUGGAAGCUAUGAACGAAGCUUGA